AUGUUAAUUACGAGAAAUUUUGUGAGGCGUCUUGCCACAUCAUCACGACUUCUGGAGACAACUAAAAAGCGAACAGUGGAAGACAUGACGCAAGAGAUGUUGCAGAUGCCAGUUUCACGAGUUCCACCAACUAUUCAACGGUUUACAAGCUCGCUGAAAAUGAAAUUCAAGUCAGAUGGUCUUGACCAGUCCGUCAAAUCAAUUCUGGACCGCGCUUCAGCUCAACUUUAUUAUAACUGUGCGGACAAUUAUGACUUUCAAAAACUCUGUGAAACGUUCGGACUUGGCGAUUACAUGUCAUCUUGGUACAAAUUAACACUGAUGCACACGUGGAUGGUCUUGAUGAGACUCCAUUCUGAAUUCGAUGGAAAAGCAUAUAUGAGACUCCAAAGAGGAUUGCUUUCGACAAUGUGGCUAGAUAUCGAUCAUAGAUUGAGUAUUGUGAGCAAGGAGUUGAACCAAGUGAUGACUGGACAAAACGACAUGAAGCAUAUGCACGGAUUGCAUUUGCAGACGUUCUUCGAGUACGACGAGGGUUUUCUUCACGAUGAUCGUGUUCUUGCGGGAGCUGUUUGGAGAUGCUCUGCCUCCGAAAUGGCAGGAAAAAAACCUCCAGCUUCCACGCUGAAAUGGUGUCAACAAGAAAUUGGGCCUAUCUGUGAAGGAAUUGGAAUGGUGGUUAGAAGCCAACUUGGGUAUGAUGGACGGAGAAUAGAGCAACAAUUAAGAAGAAGUGCACUUCAGACAGUAGUUAUGGCUGGUCAGGAAGUGGAUCCUUUGAAAGAACCUAACAAGACGAAUGACUCAAUACUUUCUACAGCCCUUCCAACAACGAAUGAAGCUCUACAACGAGCACGAAUUGUGGCUGCUGGAAUAGAAACGUUUGCAAAGUUAAUGUCACAGGGGACAUAUCCAGGUUCUGCUGGUUUUACAAUUUCACAAACUGGAAAACGUGAAUUCGUUAAACAAACAUCACCAAAUCAAUCUAAUAUGGUUGCAAACUUGAUGUCUACUGCUGAAAAACUGAGCAAGGGAGCUAUUUUCCUUGCCCCAUUACCUCUUCCAACAUUGACGAAGCUGGGAGCAUGGGCUAUUGCAAAUCCAAAAGUUGAACUGCCAGUUCCUUCUCAAAUUCGAACGGCAGUUCCAGCAAUUGGUCAAGUUGAAUCUUUGAUUCAAUCUAUGUUGGGUGUUGCAACAGCUAAUCAAUUUUCUGGGACGAAUGUUGUUAAACCAAGAAAGUUGAAACUGGAAGGAGUAACUGAUCAAAUUGCAGAAGCUGUGUCAGCCGAAGCUGAUCCACUGGCAACGAUAGAUUCUAUUCCGAUCGACAAGACUCUUACAAAGGAAGAAGCCGAGUUUUUGAUAAAAGCAGCAAAAUCAGUACAAGAUGAUAAUGCUGAGACUGCAAUUUAUGGAGAAAAGAAACUGAAACCAGAAGUUUAUCGUCCAGAACUUCCAAAAAACUUUGAAGUGAACUUGGAAAUGGGGAAUGUUCACACUUUGACACGAAGCAAUGAAAGCUCUGUUCCUGCUACGAGAAUCGGACGAUUGGCAACAUUUGGACAACUCGCUUUCGGACUUCUCGGAGGAGCAACUGCCGAAGUAACAAGAAGAACAUUUGGAAUGGGAAAAACAUUGCAAGCAGAAGGAAUUCCCAAGAAUCCUUUUCUUUCGGAAGCAAAUGCUGAUAGAAUUGUUGCCACGUUGUGCAGGGUUCGUGGAGCUGCUCUGAAACUCGGUCAAAUGCUGUCCAUUCAAGAUUCAUCUACCGUACCACCAGCUCUUCUUCAAAUUUUUGAAAGAGUCCGUCAGUCAGCAGAUUUCAUGCCCAUUAAGCAGGUUCAUCGUCAAAUGAGAAACGCUUUCGGUGAUGAGUGGAGAGAUAAAUUCGAAAGAUUCGAUGACAAACCAUUUGCAUGUGCUUCCAUUGGGCAAGUUCACAAAGCAACAUUGAAAGAUGGACGAGCUGUUGCAGUUAAAGUACAGUAUCCUGGAGUUGCUGAAGGAAUUGAUUCAGAUAUUGACAAUCUUGUCUCUGUUCUGUCAGUUGGAGGAAUUUUCCCAAAGGGAAUGUAUUUGGAUGCUUUUGUUGCAGUCGCUAGAAAAGAAUUGAAACAAGAAUGUGACUAUGAAAGAGAAGCAAGAGCAAUGAGGAAAUUCCGAGAGUUGAUUGCUGAUUGGCAGGAUGUAUAUGUUCCUGAAGUGAUCGAUGAACUUUCUUCUUCACGCGUACUUACAAGUGAAUUGGUUUAUGGAAAACCUGUGGAUGCAUGCGUUGAAGAACCCCAAGUUGUCAGAGACUAUAUCGCUGGAAAGUUCAUUGAACUUUGUCUCAAAGAAAUUUUUGUUUGGCGUUUCAUGCAAACCGAUCCGAACUGGUCCAAUUUUUUCCUUGGGAAGCAUCCGAAAACUGGCGAGCCACGACUUGUUCUUCUUGAUUUCGGAGCGUCGAGAGCAUAUGGAAAGAAGUUUGUUGAUAUUUAUAUGAAUAUAAUCAAAGCAGCUUACGAUGGAGAUAAGAAGAUGAUUAUUGAACAUUCUCGAGAGAUUGGUUUUCUGACUGGCUACGAAACCACCGUAAUGGAAGACGCUCACGUAGAAUCUGUUAUGAUUAUGGGUGAAACACUUGCUAGUAAUCAUCCUUAUAACUUUGCAAACCAAGACGUUACUAAAAGAAUUCAAAAGUUGAUUCCUGUUAUGUUGGAGCAUAGGCUCACUUCUCCACCAGAAGAGAUCUAUUCUCUUCAUAGAAAACUGUCCGGUUGUUAUCUUCUUGCCGCUAAACUCAAAGCUACAGUUUCUUGCGGAGGCCUGUUCCACGAAAUUCAUGACAAUUAUGUAUAUGGAGAAGAUGGAAGAGAUAUCAAUAUUGACUAA